AUGACGACCCCCCAGCCCGAGGCCUCGACCACGGCCAAUAUCCCUCUCGCAGACCUUGAAUCCGCAUCGAAGCAUGAAAAUGCACACAAUGCCUCGCGUUGGAAUGGAUUUUCCCAAUUCCACCCCUCCAACGUCCUCGCACAUCCAGACGGACUGGCCUCGAACGAUAAAGAUUGGCUGGCAUACGCCGAAGAUACUGUGAUAAGGCUCACGAUCGCGCUCACUCCCAGCUUUCUCCAGAAAUACGUUGGCGUUGAUCCCCCUCAGCCCGCAAAGCUGCAUGCGAUCGCCGCGUUGGAUGGGCUGCGCGGUUGGGCUUGUCUUCUCGUCUUCAAUUUCCACUUCCUAUUUACUUACACCUGGAAAGUCGCCCUGCCCAUCAUCCACAUGUUGAUUUCGGGUCAUAUCAUGGUUGCGAUUUUCUUUGUCAUCUCAGGCUACGUGCUUUCCUACAAGGCUCUAAAAACGAUCCGGUCCCGCGCGUUCGACCAAACAUUCACGACCCUGGCGUCCUCCACCUUUCGCCGAGCACUUCGUCUCUACAUCCCGUCCCUAGUUGGCCUUACAACUGUUUUCAUAGCCGUACGACUAGGAAUCUAUAACUACUCAUGGCUAGUGAUACAGGAAGGUCACACGAUCGCCGGGACGAAUGAACAACACCCCCCAGUAUAUCAAACCUUGGGGAAACAAUUCUGGGACUUCUACUACACGAUCGCGCGCCUCAUGAACCCAUUCGACUGGGCUCUCUACUACAACAACUAUAACCCCCACCUAUGGACCAUACCUGUCGAGUUUCGCUGCUCCCUGGUCCUCUUCCUCACAACCCUUGCAACAUCGCGCCUAGUCUCAAAUGUGCGCAUGUGCCUAGUCGGCAGUCUCAUUUGGUUUUGUAUGCGCUACGGCCGAUGGGACGUGGUGCUUUUCUUACUCGGCAUGACAAUGGCCGAACUAGACCUGAUUAACGGAACAUGGGAGCGACCUCCCUCCGCAGUCUCCGACAACAUUCACAUUCGCCUACCACCCCAAGGCAAAAUCGUCGGCACCAUCUCACGCCGGCGCCUGUGGAUCGGCCUCUUCGUUGUAGGUCUGUAUCUUGGCUCUUCGCCUAACCUCGGUUUCAAGUGGACACCCGGAUACAGAUGGCUGUGGUCCAUCACGCCCCGGACGUACGGCGAGCCGCACCGUUUCCCACAGACUCUCGGCGCGGCACUCAUCGUCUUCAGCAUCAAUCACUCGCCUGAUAUCCAGAAGCUGUUCACAAACCCCCUAUCGCAGUAUCUGGGUAAGAUCUCGUAUGCGUUCUACAUUGUCCACGGCCCGAUUCUGCAUUCCUUGGGAUACGCGCUUAUGCCCAAUAUCUGGGCGGUCACGGGCAAGGAGACGAACUUUCAGUACUGCCUGGGCUUCUUUGUCGGGUGGACUAUUUGUCUCCCCAUAGCCAUCUGGGCGGGCGAUGUAUUCUGGCGCAUGGUUGAUGUUCCCAGCGUGAAAUUCGCUCGGUGGCUGGAGGACAGACUUGUUGCCAAGGGAACGCCUGCUAUGGCUAUGAAUUCAACGGCCCAACCUAACAGAGACUAA